UAACGAACGAUCAUGGCCGCGAACGCAUUUUCCAUCCUAGAUGACAUCAAUAUCGUCUUGCACGAUACCACCAAACCGUGGAACAUCCUGUUUACCUAUGCAGAACGACGGACUGGCAUUAACCGUUUGAAACUGUUCUUCGGAGUCGUGUGCGUCACGUGCAUGUUACUGAUCCCGGGCAGCAUAUUCGCAAUGCUGUUGAGUGACCUGCUCGGAUUUGCGUUUCCGGCUUACGCCACCAUUGUGCUGAUGAUGGAGUCUGUUAGACAGUUGCCUUCCCGUGCGGCCAACGACCGUACGUCCGUGUCGCCGGCCAACAGAUUAUUCACGUAUUGGUUGAUGUUUGCGGCCACGUUGACGGUGCAGCAGAUGUGUGCAGGCCUGCUGCGGUUCGUGCCAUUCUAUUGCUUGAUCAAAACUGCAUUUUUUGUCUGGUGCGCAGCACCGAUCAAAGCCAACGGUUCCGCGUACGUGUACGCCCUCGUCGUUCGUCGUUAUUUCAGCAACGGGCGUUGACCAGUCGCAUAUUUUAAACUUCAAUUUCUCCGAAUAUGUGGCGUGUACUCG